GCCGGAGCCGGAGAGCCUUGCCGUGGAGCAGCCGGAGCCGGAGAGCCUUGCCGUGGAGCAGCCGGAGCCGGAGAGCCUUGCCGUGGAGCAGCCGGAGCCGGAGAGCCUUGCCGUGGAGCAGCCGAUGAAACCCACAAAGGAGUCCGAGACUCUAUUUAUACUCAACCUUGUUCCUCUGUCUUCCCAAUACUCUUCAACCUCUCUCUCUCCUCCCUCCUCUACUACUUUUCCAGCUGGUCUUCCUUCAGAAUCUUCUCCUCCUCCACCUCCACUGCCAUGCUCUAAGUUAUUGAGACAGAGGAAGAAAAGAACAAAAACCUCAGUCUGUUCAGCAGCACCUUCUGCCACCUCUGUCUCUCCUCCGUCUCUUAUCCCCACAGAUCAGAUCUUAUCUCCACAGUCUUGUCCUCCACCUGCUGCCUCUUCCAUCUCCCAGUCCUUGAGGCAGGAGGGGCCAUGUGUGAAGAAGAGAAGAAAGGGGAAAAGCAGAACUGAAAGUCCACUGGUUGCCUUGUACUGUGUGUGGCAAAACUUGGGAUGACACAUGGGAGCCUGCCAGUGAGUUCCAACAUUUUUUGCCAGAGUCUACAAAUCCCAACCAGCUUUCACCAUGACAGUCUACUGACCAUGAAUACCUGGACUUGUUAAGCACUCUUCAAUUCUGAGUGUUUUGUUGUUGUUCUUUUGCUUGCUGUUCUUCAUUAAAGUUUGUGCACAGUGCAUAUACUGUUUUAGUAUGUUUGUUUUUUUUAAGUAUCAUUUUAAACACCUUUUACAUUUGUCAGGAA